AUGAUAACAAAAGAGCAUCUUAUUUUAUACUACUGGCCAUCGAUAACUAAUGAAGUCGAUUUAAAAUUGACAAUAUUACGUUUUUCUGCAUCUCAAAAAUGGCAUUAUUCAAAUUUAAUUGGUUUUGAAAUUGAGAAACAAUUGAUUGAAUUAAAAUUAUUUGAUAAAAUAAUCAACAUUAUUUGCGAUGCAGUGCCAAUGGGAAAUUUCAAUGGAGAUUCUAAUGAUGAUCUAUGUAAUCGAGAAACGAAUCAGAUAGUUCGAAUAGGAAGUUCAUCGAAUUUAUCAGCAUCGGAACAUGAUAAAGAUGUUCUUAAUGCUUGUUUGUCAUGUAAGUGUCAAUCAAGAAAUAUCGAAUAUCUUAGUACGAAAACUUUAUUUUCAGGGCGAGUACCAAGUAAUACAACAUUAGACAAUAGAACACCUAUUAUGCCAAGAAGUUUAGUAGAAUGGUAUUAUAAGAAUGCAUCAAACUUUCUUACAAGUUUGAAUCCACGUUUGAAUCAAAGUAUUGUCAAUCAAACAUGUCAUGAUAAUUUUGAAUGUAUUCAUGAUUAUCUCAUUCGAAUAAAUUCUUUUACUAGUGAAGCAACAGCUUCAGGAUUACAGUCGGUUCAAGAAUCGAGAACUGCACUAGCUGAAAUACCUCCAACAAUAGAUUUGAUGUUGCCUAUCAACAUCACCUUACUAAUUAAUAACGUAAAUCGUAAUUAUUCAUUUGAUAUUAAUAUUAUAGCUGGUGAUAGAACACCUAUAAAAAGUGCCCAUGUCACUAUUCAUCCAUUUAAUAAAACAGAAAAUAUCAAUAAUACCGGCUUGUCAUCUAUCAUAGUGCCAAUGCCGAACAAUGCGAAUAGUUCUGUUGAAGUUUUAUUAACAAUACAAUAUGGAUCUAAUUCUACAUUCCAAACGUAUUUGGAUAUUCUUGCUUGUUUAUGUACGAAUGGAAGCAUAUGUGAUUUUGAGGAAAGAACUACAAUAUCUGAUCAUUAUCAACUUGCUUCAUGCAACUGUCUACCACAAUAUGAUGGUAUAUUAUGUGAGUUGGAUUAUGAUGGUUGUACAUCUGGUAGUGCUUGUAAAGUUAAUUGGGAUAAUGAAACAACAUGUAUUCCAUUGAAUGCUACUGAUCAAUUAACACAAAGUCGUUCCUAUUAUUGUAACGGAUCAUGUAUAAAGGGAUAUAAUAGUUCAGUCAAUGGUUAUACAUGUGAUGAUAUCGAUGAAUGCAGUUUAAAUCCGUCUGUAUGUGGAAAUGGCACAUGUUUUAAUCUUAUUGGAUCAUAUACCUGUGAUUGUCCCUCUGGUUAUCGAUCCUAUAAUGAAACAUGUGUUGGUAAAUCUUUUCUAGUGAAAAAUUAA